AGUGAAGAAUGGUCAGUCGGUGGGCGCUUGCACAUCGUUCCCGGUUGGCACGGCGCGGAUUACGCGGGGCAGGGGCGCGCGGGAGCAUGUGAACGCCAAAUGGAGUUUGGGAUUUACUGCAAAACAUGGGGAAGAUGAGCGCCUUGUCUUUGUGCUUUCUCCUGCUCGCGGAUCUGCUGGAUUUAGCCUUCGGGUAUUUGACAGUGACAAUAGAGCCUCUACCACCUGUUGUUGUUGGAGAGACGGUGACGCUGAAGUGCAACUUCAAGACCGAUGGCAGAUUGCGGGAGAUUGUGUGGUACAGGGUCACAGAUGGGGGCACCAUUAAGCAGAAGAUAUUCACAUAUGAUGCCAUGUUUAAUACAAAUUACUCCCACAUGGAGGAUUAUCGCAGGCGAGAAGACCUGGUGUAUCAGUCAACAGUGCGGCUCCCUGAGGUGCGGAUCUCAGAUAACGGGCCCUACGAGUGCCACGUGGGCAUCUAUGACCGCGCCACCCGGGAGAAGGUGGUGCUGGCAUCAGGGAAUGUCUUUCUCACGGUCAUGUCCCCACCAAACAACAUCUCUGUGGUAGCGGAGAACACGCCUGCGCCGUUCAGCCGAUACCAGGCCCAGAACUUCACUCUAGUCUGCACUGCCAAAGGAGGCAAACCUGCCCCGUCGGUGUAUUUUAAGCGGGACGGGGAAUUGAUAGAAGUGAUCUCCUACAUUUCACCCACGGUGGGUGAUGAGGGCGGGGGUUCAGCCGGUGUUCGUGGGGCCAGACCCCUCAUCAGCAGGGACCUGGAUGACACCAAGCUGCAGAAGUCCCUCUCCCUGCUGGGUCCGGAUGGCCGGCCAGGCCGACUAUACACCGAGAGCCCGAAGAGGAGCUACACCGCCAGGCAGCCGCGCUUGGAGCCCAGCCCGGCCACAGAGGCAAUCCCAGAGACAGUGGUGAGCCGAGAGUUCCCGCGUUGGGUGCAGAGCACCGACCCGCUCUACUUUUUCAGCAACACACACAUUCCCCAGAGCGACGGCUCCGUCCUGGUCCAGGCCAAGCUCACCUGGACCCUCAACCCCCAGCUGGACAAUGACGCCCUGUUCAGCUGCGAGGUCAAACACCCAGCCCUUUCCAUGCCUAUGCAGACUGAGGUUACUUUGGCGGCUCCAAAGGGCCCCAAGCUCCUGAUGACCCCAGCACGGGCAAAGGUAGGGGACACGGUGCGCAUCACCGUCCAAGGAUUCCAGGUAGGAUCUCCAGGGAAUGAGGUGUUCCCUGAGCCCCUCUUCACCUGGACGCGAGUGGGAGGUAGGCUGCUGGACGGCAGUACAGAGAGAGAAGGGAAGGAGCUGGUUUUGGAGCGAGUCCCGGCUGACCUUAACGGUUCCAUGUACCGCUGCACGGCCCAGAAUCCUCUGGGCUCCACCGACACGCACACACGCCUCAUCGUCUUUGAAAACCCAAGCAUGAUGAAAAACACACAGAAUCAAAACAGUGGAUCCCUGGGUUUACACACGCUCAGACUGACGUUGCUGCCGCUCGUCCUCACAGUGACCGCCGAACUGACGUGAGCAUCCGCGAAGGGGGGGAGGAAUAAAAAAAGAGACGACCAAGCACACACACUUUUCACACAUGACCCACACACUCGGACAGAUUGUGGACAGACCCACUCGUUGUCCGUCGUUCAACGGACAUCGGCAUCCUCACCUGAGGGGAGGGAGCACUGCGUUCCCUCUCUCUCUUACUCUUUCCCUCUCUUUUUUUAUGGAAGAUGAAAGUGAUUAUGAUGAAUAUAAAAAUAAUAUCAGUGAUAAGAACGACAGAAAGCAAAGAACUCACGUAAUAUAAGCGAAGAAUCAGAAGAAUGAGCGUAAGAAGCACCACCUUACGUCUGUACCCUCGCCUCACGCAUUGAGUCGUCCUUUUAGUUUUAGUUUUUCUUUGUUUUCUCGCUUCACCUCUCGCUUACCCAUCAGUGGAGGAUAGUUCUGUGAUCAGGACGAAUCAAACGGAAAGGAGCCUGCGCUUUUGUUGAGUUUCUCAAACUCUUGCAAGUUUUGUAGUGGACAUUGUUAUGGACACAUGAAAGACAAAUGAAAAAUGAAAAAACAAUAACUAGUAAGUGCUGCUCUACCAGUGCUGGCCCACUCAACAACAACCAACACCACAACCCUGUACUCUAGCACAAAACCACAAAACUGAAGACACCCCCCUCUUUUUGACACCAUUUUUUUGUGGUUUUAGCACACAGUUAUUUCUUUUUCAUUUUGUUUUUAUUUUUCUUGAAUGGCUCAAGACUGGAAUGUACUGGAAAAAAAAACACUUGAUUCUGAAAAAAAAAGAAAAAAAGUUGUGUGAACUGGUGGAACAUUAUCUUUGAAGAGUAACGAAAAAAAGCCCUCUUUUUAAAUGUAUUUUUGUGUACAUCCCUGUAAAUAAUGAGAAGUAUAUAAAAAAGAAUCAAAUUCAGAGAUAUAACGGGGUUAUAGGGGGUCUAAGGGAAGGAAAUACUGGGUUACGCUGGAUAGCAUUUAUGGCUUUAUUGCUUAUAUUUGGUCAUCCCCAGUAACCAUCAACAAGAAACCUCACCAAGGCUUUCGAAGAACAGUGAAAUCGGUAUACUACGAUAGAUUACCAGAUCCCCAUUUCUGAUUUCAUAUGUUCCGCACUUGUGUCAUCUGUGUAGCGGGUUUUCGAACACGAAAGACAAGAAAGCAAAACCUCAUCCCUCUCCAUGGUGUACGUCUGCCUUUCUCUCGAGGUCGUGGUGCAUGUGACGUUUGACGAUUAUUUCUCUCCUUCCAUCCGCUCGGCGGCUGCUCCUCACCACUCGCCCACCUGUUUCUACCCUUCUUUUUCUCAUCGCAUAAUAUAUUCAGUGACCUGCAUUGUGUACAGUAUGUAACUCUCUCCUAACAGUUACUGCUAGGAUCAUGUUAGCAACCAUACUCCCUGCCCCCUUUUCCUCCUCCUCCUCCUCCUUUUCCUCCUUUCCUCCCUCAAAGGAAGCUGAGUGUAAACAGGGUUGUUGCAUUUGUUUCAUAUCACCUGUAUUAAAAAAUGGAGAUGAUCAACUCGA